AUGGUCAUUGACGAGCCAGUGUCUUCUGGUGAUGUCAAUGACGAAGACGAUGAGACCAUCUUUGGCCAGCUCCUCAUCAAUCACCCAGAGUCUUCUGGUGAUGUCAACGACGAAGACGACGAGAACUUCUUUGACCAGCUCCUCAGCAACCACUUAAACUACAUAAAUGAGCAAAAGCCUUGCGUAGACGACGACGAGACCUUCAAUGACAAGCUCCUUGCCGCCCACCCCAACUUCUUCGGUGAGCAAGAGUCUGGUAGCGACGACAAGGCCAACUUAAUGGAUACCACCUCUGCAUCCCCAUUAUACUUCACAAUGGAUUAA